AAUGAGUCUGCGGCAAAAGGUGGUAAUCGUGACGGGUGCAAGCAGCGGCAUUGGCGUGGCCAUUGCACAGGUGCUGGCGCGGGAGGGCGCGCAGCUUGCACUGGUUGGACGCAAUCUGCAGAAUCUGCAGGCAACGCAGACGACGCUGGAGCAGCAGCGGGCGGGCGUGCAGACGCUGAUUGUGGUGGCCGAUGUGACCACGCAGGCGACGCAGAUUGUGCAGCAGACAGUUGCCAAAUUCGGACGCAUUGAUGUGCUGGUGAACAAUGCUGGGAUAUUGGGUAAUGGCGCGUUGCUGGACUUGGACAUGCAGGAGUUCGAUGCAGUGCUGAACACCAAUCUGCGCGCUGUGGUGCUGCUGACCAAGGCGGUGCUGCCGCAGCUGCUGCAGACCAAGGGCGCUGUGGUGAACGUGAGCAGCUGCGCUGGACUGCGUCCGUUUGCUGGCGCACUGAGCUACGGCAUAUCGAAGGCGGCGCUGGAUCAGUUUACGCGCAUUGUCUCGCAGGAGCUGGCGCCGCAGGGCGUGCGUGUCAAUUCGGUUAAUCCGGGCUUCGUGGUGACCAACAUACACCAACGCAUCGGCAUUGUGGACAAGGACUAUGAAUCGCUGCUGCAUCGCGCCAUUGCAUCGCAUCCCAUGGGACGUGUGGGCGAUGUGCUCGAAGUGGCCGAGGCAGUUGCCUUUCUGGCCAGCUCCAAGGCCAGCUUCACCACUGGCGCGCUCUUGCCCAUCGAUGGUGGCAAGCACAACUAUACGCCACGCUAAAGCCGCCGCCGCCGCAACCGUCGCAGCCACAACUAAAUCUAAAUGUAAAUGCUGCAAUCCAAAGUAUUCCUCUAAACUAUUUUUAAGCAUUCUCCCAUCCAAAUAUAUGCUAUUAUUAUUA